GCGGUGCGGCCUGGGAGAGUCGGAAGCGCGGCGAGGCGGCAGCGGCGGGCCCAUGCAGGACGCGGAGAACGUGGCGGCGCCCGAGGCGGCCGAGGAGCGGGCAGAGCCCGAACAGCAGCAGCCGGCCGCCGAGCCGCCGGGGGAGGAGCCGCUGCGGCCCGCGGGGCCCGGCGCGCAGGAGGCGGCGGGCGGCGAGGACGAGGAAUCGGAGGCCGGGCCGGGGCCUGAAGUGUCCACCGAGCCCGCGGCCAACGGAGAGCAGGCAGCCGGCGCGACCCCCGGCCCGUCCCCGCCCCCGCCCGAGGAGCUCCCCGCCCCGGCCGCGGACGAGUCCCAGGGGGAGCAGGCCCGGGACGCGGCGGCCGAAGCCCAGUCCGACGGGGCGGGCGGAGAGCAGGGCGGCGCGGCGCAGAACGGGGACGCGGACGAGCCCUCCUUCAGCGACCCCGAGGACUUCGUGGACGACGUGAGCGAGGAAGAAUUACUUGGAGACGCGCUCAAAGACCGGCCCCAGGAGGCGGAUGGGAUCGAUUCAGUGAUCGUCGUUGACAACGUUCCUCAGGUGGGGCCAGACCGGCUGGAGAAGCUCAAAAAUGUCAUCCAUAAGAUCUUUUCCAAGUUCGGGAAAAUCACCAAUGAUUUCUAUCCAGAGGAGGAUGGAAAGACAAAAGGGUACAUCUUCCUGGAGUACGCCUCUCCCGCCCACGCCUUGGAUGCGGUGAAAAACGCCGACGGCUACAAGCUCGACAAGCAGCACACGUUCAGGGUCAACCUCUUCACUGAUUUUGACAAGUACAUGACAAUCAGCGAUGAAUGGGACAUUCCAGAGAAACAGCCUUUCAAAGACCUGGGAAACCUGCGCUACUGGCUGGAGGAGGCGGAGUGCAGAGACCAGUACAGCGUGAUCUUCGAGAGCGGCGACCGCACGUCCAUCUUCUGGAACGAUGUCAAGGACCCCGUCUCCAUCGAGGAGAGGGCUCGGUGGACAGAGACGUACGUGCGCUGGUCUCCUAAGGGCACCUACCUGGCGACCUUCCACCAGCGCGGCAUUGCUCUCUGGGGCGGCGAGAAGUUCAAGCAGAUUCAGAGGUUCAGCCACCAGGGCGUGCAGCUCAUCGACUUCUCGCCCUGUGAAAGGUAUCUGGUGACCUUCAGCCCCCUGAUGGACACGCAGGACGACCCUCAGGCCAUCGUCAUCUGGGACAUCCUUACCGGGCAGAAGAAGAGAGGCUUCCACUGCGAGAGCUCAGCCCACUGGCCGAUCUUCAAGUGGAGCCACGACGGGAAGUUCUUUGCCAGGAUGACACUCGACACCCUCAGCAUCUAUGAAACGCCUUCCAUGGGCCUCUUGGACAAGAAGAGCUUGAAGAUCUCAGGCAUAAAAGACUUUUCCUGGUCUCCCGGGGGAAACAUAAUAGCCUUUUGGGUGCCCGAGGACAAAGACAUCCCGGCGAGGGUCACGCUGAUGCAGCUCCCCAGCAGGCAGGAGAUCCGAGUCCGGAACCUGUUCAACGUCGUGGACUGCAAGCUGCACUGGCAGAAGAACGGGGACUACCUGUGUGUGAAAGUGGACAGGACGCCCAAAGGCACCCAGGGUGUUGUCACAAAUUUUGAAAUUUUCCGAAUGAGGGAAAAGCAGGUACCUGUCGACGUGGUGGAAAUGAAAGAGACCAUCAUCGCCUUCGCCUGGGAGCCAAACGGGAGCAAGUUUGCGGUGCUGCACGGCGAGGCCCCACGCAUUUCCGUGUCCUUCUACCACGUGAAGAGCAACGGGAAGAUCGAGCUCAUCAAAAUGUUUGACAAGCAGCAGGCGAACACCAUCUUCUGGAGCCCGCAGGGGCAGUUCGUGGUGCUGGCCGGCCUCAGGAGCAUGAACGGCGCCCUGGCCUUCGUGGACGCCUCGGACUGCACCGUCAUGAACAUCGCCGAGCACUACAUGGCCUCUGACGUGGAGUGGGACCCCACCGGGCGCUACGUCGUCACCUCUGUGUCCUGGUGGAGCCAUAAGGUAGACAACGCCUACUGGCUGUGGACCUUCCAGGGGCGCCUCCUGCAGAAGAACAGCAAGGACCGCUUCUGCCAGCUGCUGUGGCGGCCCCGGCCCCCGACGCUCCUGGGCCAGGACCAGAUGAAGCAAAUUAGAAAAGACCUGAAGAAAUAUUCCAAGAUCUUUGAACAGAAGGAUCGUUUGAGUCAGUCCAAAGCCUCAAAGGAAUUGGUGGAGAGAAGGCGGACCAUGAUGGAGGACUUCCGGAAGUACCGGCUGACGGCCCAGGAGCGGUACAUGCAGCAGAAGAACGAGCGCCUGGAGCUGCGUGGAGGUGUGGACACGGAUGAGCUGGACAGCAACGUGGAGGACUGGGAGGAGGAGACCAUCGAGUUUUUUGUCACUGAAGAGAUCAUCCCCCUCGGGAGCCAGGAGUGACCGAGAGCACUGUGCGUCACCGUGUGGCGGAGCUGGGUCGGCCCUGCGGACGGCCUGCGCCGCGCCUGCGCCGCCCUGCCCGGCGCUGCCCGCCCCCGGGAGGCCCCGUCUCCAGUCGUGCCUUCACCCCGGCCCCCCGGGGGCGGUGUCGCGGCGCUGCUUCCAGUCUCGCGUUUGGUGUCCGAGCCACGCCACCAGCGUUCGCUGCUGAGACCUGGCCUGGUGCCGUGGCAGGGCCGCCUCCUGCUGCCGCACUGCCGAGUGACUGUCCACCGCCUGGCCUCCUUGUGGGGGCUCCUCUGAUCUGCGGGCGUCGGUGCCAGCUGGGGAGCAGCAUGUCAGCUGCGCGGUCCCCGCCUGCAGGCUCUGCAGGCGUUCAGUGGCCAAACGUGGAAAUAAAAGCAGAC